AUGUUUUCUUCUCCUUUGAAAUUAUAUUCCAAAUUUGAAGAACCAAUUUUGGCACCAUUGGGGUUCCAAACUAAACAGAAACCCUUACCAUUGGACAAAUGGAAACAUCAUUCACAAACAUCUCCUGAACUACCUUUAACAUUUCAACUGCUGCACUUUAAUCCUAAUAUUAACGGAAUAUCUCAUUCAAUAGUAUCAUUCAGAGUAAUAUCCGGGGACCCAGUUGGCAAUUUUACCAUUUUAGAAGAAGUUUGUUCACCAAUUGCUCCUCUUAGUUCGCAAAUAAUUCAAUUUUCAGCUAAAUCACCCACAUUGUCAUGCAAGUACUUAUCAAAUGAAACUAAUGGUGUAGUUUAUUUAAGAAGGUUCCAGAUCAGUUUAGAAAAGGAUGUUGAUUUUGCUAGGAUUUGUUCUAUCUUAAUCUCAAUGCAAUUUGUAAUGAAAAAUGGUAGACUUAGCAAUACUGCACUAGAUAGGAGUAGGAUGAUUGGUAUUGCCAACAAUCCAAUAAAUUAUUCUAAUCCAAAUAUAGAAAUAAGAAAUCAUAACAAGAAUGACUCAUUUCCACAAGAAAUACAAACCCAAAAUUUACUGAAUUCUCAAAUGUUCCCAUUUUCUCAAUUGGAAAUGCAGCCUACUCAAGCCUUGGAUUAUUCUCAAUCUCAAUUUGCCUUUAAUACCCCUGCUCUUGUUAAUAGUAACAAUAUGGAUGUAAACCAUUGCAAUGAUGUUACUACCUCCAAAUUAUUUGAUAAUUCCAAUCUGGAGAAAGAAUCAUUUGAAAAAUUGAAUUUACCAACACGAAACAGUUUUACACAAAGAGAGGAAGUAUAUAGUAAAAAUGGGAUUGCUUCUUCGGGACAAAAUUUUUCAGAACAAGGAAACAAUAAUCCUGACAAAAACUAUAUCUCUAUAUCUGAAGAAAUUGAGAAAGGGAAAGAGGAAGAGGAAGAAAAAGAAGACAAUAACAACAUCUCUAAUCUUCCCACAAUUGAAAUGCUUCAAAAAGUGAAGAGAAAAGUUGGAAAAAUAGAAAAAGAAACUUCAAAGAAAGAACAUAAAUCAAAAUAUAAAAUUAGUAAAAAAAUAAUCAAGGAAAAAUUGAAAGAUAACAACUUUUUAAGAUGGGUUGAUAAAGUUGAAAAUGUUCUAAUAGAAUUAGCUCAUUCAAAUCAUUGA